AUGUCAAUUGAUCCAGAAACAAGAAGAAAAUUAUUAAAUUUACAAAAAACAGGUGAAAAUAAAAAAUGUUUUGAUUGUUCAGCACCAAAUCCUCAAUGGGCAUCACCAAAAUUCGGUAUAUUUAUAUGUUUAGAAUGUGCAGGUAUACAUAGAGGUUUAGGAGUUCAUAUUUCAUUUGUACGAUCAAUUACAAUGGAUCAAUUUAAACCUGAAGAAACUUUAAGAAUGGAAAUUGGUGGGAAUGAAAGAUUGAAAAAAUAUUUUGUGGAAAAUGGAAUUGAUUUAAAUUUAACUGCAAAAUUAAAAUAUGAUAAUUUUGUUGCUGAAGAUUAUAAAGAAAUUUUAACUUGUGAAGUUGAAGGUAAAGAAUAUGUUCAAAAAGAUCAUUCUGGUGAAUCAUUACCUCAUAAAACCAAUGAUUCAAAUUCAAUUAAAUCAAAUUCAUUGUCAUCAUCAUCAAAUCAAAAUUCAACUUCUUCAAAUUCAAAUAUACGUUCAAAUAAUAAUACACUCAAUAAUGAUCAAAGACAUAAAAACGAAGCAUAUUUUGCUGAUUUAGGUGCCAAAAACGAAACAAGACCAGAUCAUUUACCACCAAAUCAAGGUGGAAAAUACAGUGGAUUUGGAAACACACCAAAUCAAUCAACAACCACCACCACUAACAAUUCAUCAUUAUCAAAUUUUACAGUUGAUAAUUUCCAAAAAGAUCCUUUAGGAACAUUCACAAAAGGUUGGGGAUUAUUUUCAUCAUCAGUUGCCAAAUCAGUACAAGAAGUAAAUGAUAGUGUAAUUCAACCAGGUAUAAAUUCUUUCAAUCAAAGUGAAUUUGGUAAUGAAGCUAAAAAGGCAAUGGCACAAUUUGGUCAAAAAAUGCAAGAAACUGGUAAAUAUGGACAAGAAACUUUUCAAAAUUUUACAAAAGAAAUUAAUGAACAAGGGUUAAAUAAAACUAUUGAUCAUAGAUUUAAUGGAAUAUGGGGUAAAAGUUCUUCUUCAGAACAAGUUCCUACUGCGUUUGGUUAUAAAAAGGCAGAUAAUGGAAUUAAAUAUGAAAGUUUAUCUGGUGGAAAUAAUUUAAAACACGAUGAUGAUGAUAAAUGGGAUGAUUUUUAA